ACGUGGACAUGACUAUCGACGAGUAGCCUGCAUCAAGCGAUAGCAAGGCUUCACGAGAGGACAGGAUUAAACAUAUACGCACUAAAGUUGCGAGCAGACGUCAGAAUGGAGCAUUGGAACGUUUCCAUCAACUCCAGUACCGCUGCGACUGAAACAACUAGUGGCACAUACAUGAUGAUGAAUGUCACAGAUGUCGGCAAUUAUUCCUCGACUGCUCCAACACCAACACAAGUCCUGUUAACACCCUUGGAUGAGUUGGUCUUCCAAGAUGGUGUCACCGUCGCCUUCAUCAUCGCUUACGCUGUUGUCAUGGUACCAGCUGUCAUUGGCAAUCUCUUCAUCAUCUUUGCCGUAGCUUUCCACCCGGACCUCCGCUCCCAACAUUCCAACACUUACAACAUCAACCUAGCCGUCUGUGAUCUGAUGGUGGUGGCAGCAGAAUGCCCCUUGAUGAUCCUCCAGUUCUUGAUCCGAGGAGAGACGGCAGAAUCCUUCUUCACUGACUCCGUGUGUCGGCUGACUUUCCUCCUCAACGGAUUCUUCGGCACCGUCUCCAUCCUGACCAUGCUUGCCAUCGGUGUGGAGCGGUACUGCGCCGUCAUGCAUCCCUUGCAGAUGAUCGGUGAGAACACCGCAACCCGAGCGAGGAGCGUCAUCUUCUUCUUCUGGUCGUUCAGCAUCUUGACUCAUCUUGGGCAGCUGGCGAUCUAUGGCGAAGUGAAGACGUGGCACUACAUCAACAGCGACGGUGAAAGAUUUGACGUGACCAUCUGUAUGAGUUCCCGCCCUGAGCAGGAGCAAGUCUUCGCCCACAUCUACGCCACCACGGUCUUCAUCUUAGUCUACGGUUCCACCUUCCUCACCACCCUCGUCCUGUACAUACGAAUCCUCCAGCAUCUCAUCAAGCGGAAGUCCGUCAGCCCCGACCAGAUCCUCGAAGCAGGCAACGCCCCAUCCACUCGAAGAAGAGGAAAGAAGAAGCAUGUAGCUCCCAAGACGUGCACCGAGGCAGUCCAGAAGACAUUCCGGAUGUUGAGUUGCUCCGUGUUGUCCUACCUCAUCUGCUACUCCUUGUAUUUCUACAUCAAUCUCUACUACAUAUACUACGGGUUGUCUGAGUGGAAUGGCAUGGCGUUGAUUCUGAUUGGUAACUGGUUCGGCGCGCUCAACUCUCUCAUCAACCCGAUCGUGUACGCCGUCUUUGUGGGCCAGUUCUGUACCGUCUUCAAGGCCAUUUUGACGGGGAGUUGGAGGAGGAGGAGGAGUUCGUCUUCAACCAUCCAAAUAAGGAUGGCAUCAGGAGGACGGUCUGAGAACAGACGCGUACGGAGACCGAAGCCCAAGCCUGGAUCGACCCGACGAGAAUCUCGGGUUGCAUCCAUUGACGGACAGAGCUCUAUAACGGACCGCCUGUAGUUUUAUUGGCCCAAACAUUGGGCUGCGUAGGUUGCCAGGUUUUACGUUUGGGUGGGACACAAAUGGUCACAUUUUUUUUGUCCAAUACCGAACUAAGUUGUAUGUCAAUGGCAUAAUUUGGAUAUUUUGGGUGCAACGUUGAGUAAAGUUGCUCUUCCCGUACUCUCCAACAUAUUCAAUG